AUGAACAUGGGGCUGGAAGAAACAGACUUAUGGAAAAGUUUAUAUGUGGAGUUGAUGCAUAGAAAAUACGCUAACGGCCCUGCUCGAAAUCCUGAACCGAGAAGAGGAUAUCCUGGAAUCACAACUGAUCGGUGGGGAGUGAUCAAUUUGACAAUAAGGACAACCUAUUUUACAACCAACGGGAAAAUCUCUGAACAAAUAUUUGGACCCCCCAUGGGAUCGCCGCUCUCACCAGUUUUGGCCAACGUAUACAUGAACAAAAUAGAAGAGAACUUCAAGAUGGCAUCGCUACAACCGACAGUGCUCAUGUGGUACGUGGAUGAUUACUUCGCACUUUGGUCACGUGGAAGAGAAAAACUGGAAAAGUUUCUGAAGUUUGUAAGCCAGAUUGAUGAAAAAAUUCAAUUCACGCUGGAAGUAGAAGAUGGCGAGCGGUUACCGUUCUUGGACGUUGAAGUGAUUCGUCCGAAUGGGACGCUCAAAGAGAAAUUGUUCAGAAAGAAGUCCUAUGCUGGAAUAAUACUCAAUUUCCGAUGCAUUAAUGAGGAGCAUGAUCAUCCGAAGACUACGCCUAACGGAUGUAGAAUUCUGGGACGAGGAGCUGGGAAAACUGACUAG